CCUUUUUUUGCAUAAAUUGAAAAAAUAAAAAAAACAACAGAAAUGGCGCUCAAGACGGAUCGCGCCUUUUAUAAGAAAACAAGAUCCAAUGCGAUCAUAAAGCUAGUGAGAGAACAAUAUCUACGCAGUGACGUACCUUGUUUAUCUGAAAACUGCUCAUCUCACUGUCAAAAUGAAGGAUAUCGAACUUUAUUAAGUGCCAAUGCAGACCAUUAUAUUAUACCUGACAUAUCGGUUAUAAUGAGAUAUCUUGAGGUUCUCGAGCAAGAGGAAGUUACUGGAAUAAUUUUAAGUCAGACUGUUACGAUUAAUCUUCAACAACAUGAUAAAACAAGAACCUAUCGUAAAUUACGUCAAAUUGUCAACGAUCCCAGAAAGAAGAGUAUUUUAUUUUAUAAUGAAGUCUUUGAGAAAACCAAAGUGUUACGGAAACCCGAUGAAACAAGUGUCCAGCGUGACUGGAGAGCAUUCUGUCGAUUGGCUCAAUGGUACAAUAAACACUUACAUCACGCAAAUAAGAAAAUCAUAUUACUUUCUGAACUGCCUCAACAUCAUCAGGAGGUCGCAACAACACUGACAGAUGUGAUUGUUAUGACAACUAAGCAAUAUGUGGACUUUUAUCAUAAAGAUAAUCAAUUACUACAAAACUUAGUACAGGUUCUGGCCGACGUUAGUCUGGAGGAUAAUGACGAAGGACGAAUUAGGAUGCAUGGAUCGGCACAUUCAUCAGCAACAAGUGCUAAGGGCAAUAAUGCUACAGCAGUCUCCGGCUAUUCUGAAUACAAGCCCCUGGAAGAGCUGGAAGCCGGCAUCAAAUCAAACCGUUAUUUUUCGGGAACAUUGCGUUGUAAAAAGGACAAUCGAGAUCAAGCUUAUGUGAGUGGCGGUGCACAGCUUGGUAAAGAUAUCCUUAUCGUUGGAAAUGAAAACAGGAACCGAGCAGUUCACGGAGAUAUCGUAGUUGUGGAACUCUUGAGUGAAAGUAAUUGGGCUUCACCAUCUAACGAAAUCUCGUUUGAAAGCGGUUAUAUUGAAGAUGAGAUUGAAGAAGAGAAAUUUAUAGUGAAUUCUGUACCAAACAAUCAACCCACCGGACGAGUAGUGGGUAUUCUAAAUCGUAAUUGGAGAUCCUAUGUGGCUACUCUCCAAGAAGACAGUUCCACGGAAGGAGGCUCUAUUCACUUAGUUAUUCCUCUUGAUCCAGUUAUUCCUAAAAUUAGAAUUCGGUAUCACGAUGUCAAACUGAUCGAAAACCAACGUAUUGUUGUUCGUAUAGAUAAUUGGCCAAUUUCUUCGCAAUAUCCUAAUGGUCACUUUGUAAGAUCAUUGGGCCCUAUACAUCAGUUAGAUACAGAGAUAUCCGCAAUUCUCGUAGAACACUCCAUUUCCGUAUCGCAAUCAACUCAAGGCUUCAGUCAAAUGUCUUUGAAAGAAAUGCCAAUCGAUACUCCCGAUGAACCUUGGAAACCAGAAAAGGACGAAAUUAGUAAACGCCGUGAUUUAAGGGAUCAGAUUAUUUUCAGCAUCGAUCCUCCAAACUGUCAGGAUAUUGAUGAUGCCCUUUCCAUACGAGAGUUACCUGGUGGGAAUAUUGAACUAGGUGUUCAUAUCGCAGACGUUAGUUAUUUUGUAAAGGAAAACUACAUGACGGAUUUGGAAGCGAGAUCACGUGGAACAACAGUGUACUUGGCAGAUAGACGAUUUGAUAUGCUCCCUUCUGUACUUAGUGAACGCGUUUGUUCAUUAAGACACAAGGUAGAUCGUUAUGCAGUAUCUGUAAUAUGGACUAUGGAUAAAAACUAUCACAUUCGUCAGACAUGGUUUGGUAGGACCAUCAUAAGAUCAAGUUGCGAAAUGGAAUACGAUCAGGCACAACAAUUACUAGAUGGUAAAGAAGUUGCUGUAGGCUUAGAUGCAUCUCUGUGCAAAAAGUUGAAACCUUGCAUUCUAAAUCUAGCACGAGUCCUUCGAGUCAUCAGAGAAAGACGUUUAGCAAAGGGCGCCCUUGAACUAGAAGGAUCAGAAAUCAAAUUCAAGAUAACAGAACAGCAUGAAGUGACUGAAAUUAUUCCCAAAGAAGGUAAAGAGAUUCAUGGGUUAGUAGCCGAAGCAAUGAUUUUAGCCAAUGCAUCGGUUGGUAAACGUAUCUAUGAAAGUUUCAAAGAUGCAGCCAUUCUCAGACAUCACCCACCUCCUACACCUGGACAAUUUGAGCGAUUAGUGAAAGCUGCUGGAGUGAGGGGAUUUUCAAUCGACUUCUCGUCAAACAAGGCUCUAGCUGAAUCUUUAGAGAGGAUUACGAACGGUUGCAAAGAUGACCCUGAAAUUGCCAAGUUGAUAAAGUCGAUGGCAACCAUUGCUAUGAAUGAAGCAAACUAUAUUUCUUCGGGCCAUUUUUCUGUCGAUCAGUAUUACCAUUAUGGUCUUGCUUUAGACUUUUAUACCCAUUUUACUUCGCCAAUCCGUAGAUAUGCAGAUAUCAUUGCGCACAGACAGCUUCUUAUGUGCGUUGAAGAUCCGACAGCUAUAAAAGAUAGGGAAGAAAGAAGUACCAUCAUGUUAAAAGAUGCUGCUAUCACUGAAAUUUGCGAGAACUUGAAUCUUAAGUCAAGAGAAUCAAAAUUUGCCCAAAGGGACUCGACAGAAUUAUUCCAAAGUCUAUUUGUUUUGCAACAUACAUCCAAUGAAGAUACACUUAUUGAAAGAGGCGUCAUUUCAGAAAUUCGUUCAAACGGCUUUUACGUAUUCGUGCCAAGGCUUGGACUGAAAGGGCCCGUGUAUUUGAAGGAUAAAGACGGUAAGACGACUGUACCUUUGUCUCUCAUUUCUGGAAAGCAAACGAAAGAUGAGGAAUCUUAUAUACCCGACUGCGAUAUUGAAGUCAAUAUGCCCACCGAUAUUAAGGUGAUGUCAAGCAACCUACCAUAUCCUAUUCAAUUUAACAUUUUUGAUAAUGUCAGAGUCUCCCUCAAACUUCGUAUGUCGCAUGCUCAUCGCCACAUGGUUUAUAUGACAUUGGUUGAUAUAGAACAUGUCCAAAUCAACAAUGGUGAUAAGAAAGCAGCAACAGCAAUAACGAACAAUAUCACUCGUUUGACAAAUAAGGAUAUGCUUCAUGCUAUUGCUGAUAAAGAAGUGGAAUCUACAACUGCACAUAAGGACUCAUCAGCCAAUAAUAAGAAAAAAAAGAAAAAAUCUAGUUCAAUGUACGAUCUUUUGGAAAGAUUUAGAAAGAUGUCUGUAAUAGAGUAUAACUCCUCUGAUAUUACAAGUUCAUAAUUAUAUGCUAAGCAUAGAAGACACUAUUAGAUAUAUUAUAGAUCGCUGUAAAGAAAAUAUAAUAUUCUUCAUCAAAUGAAUAUAAUUGUUAUUGCUUAAUUUGACAUCCCUUUCAUCAUGUUACUGUUCGUUUGUAACUCCCACUCUCGGACUCAACAUGCUUAUACAUGAUUCACACUUUAAAAUGUACUUUCUGUCGAUUAUUAUCAAGUUAUAGUU